UUUUGCGCUCAUGUGCACAUUGCUCCGCAUGAUUUGACAAUUGUGGUUUGCGAAAGUGUCAAACCAAUUGUUAUUUAAUCAUGUCGUCACUAAUUAAAUCGGCUAAAUUGGCCCACCUUUGUUUGAAACACACCCCUGUGGCUUUAACCGCCACCCGCAACCAUUGGAACAAGGACUACAAGCCAGGCCCAUACCCCCGAACCGAGCAGGAGCGUCUCCGCGCAGCCGAACGCUACGGCUUGCACCCCUCCGAGUACGAACCCUACCCCGACGACGGCUAUGGCUACGGAGACUACCCUAAAUUGCCCGACAUCAGUGGCGACGCGAAGGACCCCUACUACCCCUACGACAACCCCGAACUCAAGCGCAACUUUAAUGAACCUUUGCAUGCUGAGUUUGAUUUAAUGAGAGAGGACAGAUACAAUGUGAGUGCUAGAUUGAGGUACCCUUUGUGGUUCCAAUGGGUGCAGUUUUUGGGGGUCAUGUUGGGUAGUUUCGGGAUUUACUGCCUGUUUGAGCAGGUGAAGAUGUUCCACCCGGUGGUGCCAAGGCAGUACCCCAAAGACGGGCCCCACUACACCUUCGAACCCAAGUGAAAUGUGUGUGAAAUAAAUAGUUGAAAUUAAAAAUAAUACUGUAAUAAAAAUAAACAAUAUAUUACAAAUAAGUGAAUACAGAUAUGUACAACAAAA